CAAAUUCUUCCUAAAAUUAAUUAUAACCCCCGAUAAAGCCUAUUCUCGUCAGUACUGGUCCAGUUCUCUUCGUCGACGAAGAAGCAUCCCAUUCUCCGUCGGACGCCGUCCACCGUUGUUAGACCUGCGUGGUUGUUCUCGGGCAAGCAGUGAAUAAGAUGGAUUGGCAAGGGCAGAAGCUAGCAGAGCAGCUGAUGCAGGUAAUGCUGCUAGCGUUUGCUGUGUUUGCAUUUGCAACUGGAUAUAUUAUGGCUUCUUUCCAAAUGAUGGUCUUCAUAUAUGCUGGUGGUGUGGUUCUCACCACGUUGGUGACUGUACCUAAUUGGCCCUUUUUUAACCGCCAUCCUCUUAAAUGGUUGGAGCCCAGUGAGGUUGAAAAGCAUCCCAAGCCUCAGCAAUCUGUGAAUGCAAAUUCAAAGAAGAAGCCCACUAAGAAGUAGGUUCUUUUGGUUUAUGUUGGCACUAGUAUUUCAUUGAGCUCAGUUCAGUGCUUUGACAGUAUUUGGGAUUUAUGUAUUAUUUUCUUCCCUUCCCUCUCUCCUUCAUUGGAUGAUGCACUAUACUCCUAGUCCCCAAUCAAAAUCUAGAUUUUAAUUACUUAUAUAUCCGAUGUCUUGGUUAGCCUCUUUUGGCUUUCCCUCA